CCAACAGUAUUAAGCUUUACAUUUUCUAUUUACAGCAUAUUCCUAUCCAUCUGUAAUGCACUUUACUAAGGAAAAGCAAGUUUGAAAAGAGAGGUUACCCCAUAAUGGUUCUCAGGCAUAAGAAUUAUCUCACCAGCAAAUUAUAUCCUGGUAUGGGGAAACUCUGGGUUGAAGUUUGCUUGAUAUCUGCUCGAGGGCUCCGGCGUUCGUCGUCCCUAUGGAAGCUUCAAUGGUAUGCUGUUGGGUGGACCAAUCCCAAUAACAAGUACUGCACCAAGAUUGAUGCAUCUGGAAAUGCAAAUCCAGUAUGGAAAACCAAGUUUGCUACCUUGGUUGAGGACGCGGAAUCUAAACUGAAUGAUUUGGCUCUGCACAUUGAAGUCUAUAGUAGAGAGCCUAUAUUCCUCAGAGAAAGGCUACAGGGGACAGCUACUAUUCUCUUGAAAGAGUUUCUGGCUAAGCAUAACAAGAAUUCUGAGCAUUCAAGGCAUGGAGUUGAAGAAGUUGGGAGCUACCAAUUGCGAAAAAAGAAUUCCAACAAACCUCAAGGUUUUGUUGAUGUUUCAAUCCACAUUUCUGAGGAUAUGGAAGGGAGAAGCUCAUACACAGGAAAUGAGGGAGGACCUGGGGGUCACAGCAAUACUAUCACCUUGGCUACUGGAGAUGGAUCUGCACCAGCAUUACUACCAUUUACUCCACAAAAGAGACCAGAACAUCAAUUCCAAAUGAAUUCCCCCUAUGCAAAUCCAAUGCCUUCGACUACAUACUAUUCGAAACCAUCUGCUGUUAGACCAAGUUACACACCAGCAAGCGGACCAAGCUACACGCCAGCAAGCGGACCAGGCAACCUGCCAGCAAGCGGACCAGGCUACCUGCCAGCAAGUGGACCAAGCUACCUGCCAGCAAGUGGACCAAGCUAUCAGCCUUCUAGAACUCCUCCACCGCCUCCACCACCUUCCAAUGUUGGAUAUGUACCUACUUUUCUCCCCAGGACAGAUCAAAUGACUGACACCUAUAUCAAUAUGCCCUCAUCAUCUGGAGCACCACCUCCUGGUCGUGGAACUCGGGCCGGAGGACCUGCUUUUGCAAUGGGAAUGGGUGCUGGAGCGCUGGCAGCCGGUGCGGUGAUCUUCGGUGAUGACUUUAUGUCAGGAUUUGAUGUUCCUUCAGGCUUACAAGAUGCUAGUGUUACCAUAUCAGCUGAUCCUCCUUUCUAACCAAGUUUGUAACUAUCAUCAACUGUUAUGUUGUAAAAGUUACUUGAACUUUGUAAUGCCAUGUUGUUCAGUCCCUUUCUAAGAAUGUAAUUUCAGUAAAGAACAAGAAUGCUCACAGGGUUUGCUCCAUUCACAAAUCAUAGAUUGUCAAAAU